AUGGAGUUUCCCGUUUCCGUCAUUUGUACCAUUCUCUUCUUCUCUGUCCUCUCUCCUCAAGUUAGGGGCGAGGCUUCUGGUUCCGUCUUUUUCAUCGAUAGCUCCACUCAUCAAUUCCUUCGCGCUAGAUCAUCCAACCAUGAGAGUCCUUCAAUUUCGCUUCAAGAAGUUGGUGCUGCUGUGCCAAUCUUGCUCGGUUUCGCACCUCCUUCCACCCUUUCAGCCUCCAGCUCAUCCAAGUUGAAUGAGGUUUUGAUUCCUAAUCCAUUCAAUAGGCCUCGUUCCGUGUUUCUGCUGGAAGUGAAUGGAAUCAAAGGCCUUGAAAGCAUUGCCCAGGAUAAUGCAAUGUUCAGCAAGUCAUCAUGGGAUGCAAAUUUUAUUGGUUCAGAUAAAGUUGACAUUCAUCUUCCAGGUGAAAAGGACGCAUCUGUGUUCUCGUUGGAUGAGGAAUUGGAAUAUUUCACCGACAAAGAAAUUAGCGAGUUUUCAUCUUUGAUAGGUGGAUCAUAUGCCCCUGAUGCCAUAGAGCCAGUCAAUGGAGUUCUGACCAUUCCUUUGGCAAAUGGUGCCUUGGUGAAUCUCCAUAUGUCAAAGAAAGCAGAAAGAAAGUUUGUGAUUGGUCUUUUGUCUCUUGCUCAAAAUGUCAAAAGAGCAAUUCAGAUGCAUCAUGAAUUUUCACAGAGUACACUAAGUCCAGCUGAGUUGUUAACCGGAAGCUUCAAUGUCAUUAAGGUUUUGCAAGAGCAAGGUGAAGCUGAAAGUAUUGCUCAGCAUGGAGUUGAAUUGUUACUUGUGACUUUGACAAAGAUAUUUGGCUCAUUGCAAGAAGCAUACAAAGGUCAAAUUGUUGGAAUUAUCUUUUGUCAAACUGCCACUCCUCAAGAGUCUGGCAAGACGUUUAAUGUGAUCUUUACUCCUUCUGACUACCAUAAGGUGCGCAUGUUGGAAGAAGCAAAUGCACUGAAUACAACUUUUGCAGAAGUGGCACUGGUUAGGACAACCCUUGCCUGGAUAACAGGAAUACUUUUGCUUGUUUCAACUCUUAUGGGGACAUGUUACCUCUUGUAUAUGCCAAUCACAAGGGACACACUUCUCUACUCUAAUGUCAAGCUUGAUUAA